AUGUCUGGUUGGAAAUUCCGGGAUAGAAGACAAAUGAUGCAAGUGGGUAUCCUUUGGGAAACUGAGAGGCCAAGAAGUGAGUGUAACUCUGUGAUUGAAGAAAUCAUAAGUUCUAAAGGAUUUGUAAGAGGAAUGUUUCAAGAAGAAAAGAGGAGUGGGGAGAAUGUAUGGAUAGGCCCAGCCUUCCCCGAAAAUCUACAUGGUAUUAGAAACAAUAUUUCCCUGGAUAUAGGAGCUUCACAGUGCAGGAAAUCCAGCAGAGCCAAGAGAGCAAUCCCUGUGCCUCCAGCGGCUGCUGCCUCCAAGUUGAGGAUAGUGGACGGCACAGGUGCUGGCCAAAGCACUUCUUUACAGGGUCUAAGAAAGUGCAUGGUUGCAGCAGCCCAUGCAAUUGCUGACAAAAGAUGAAAUCAAAGAAGUGUUAGUUCAAUUGCAGUCAAAUCUUUCACUGUAAAAACAUCAUUUAAACCAGUUCUUGAUGGAUCUGUUCUUUAAAAUGGCAUAAAACAAAAACUAGCAAAGGAAUGCAGAGAAGCAAAAUAGAGACCCCAAAAUGCUACUAAAGAAAUGCAACUGCUUCAAAAUGAAAGAAAGUCCAAGAUACAGUAUGAGAAGCAACUAGAAGAAAACCAGAGAAAGCUGAGAGAACAAAAAGAAAAAGAUGAACACUGAAGAGCAUCUGCAGAAAUAAAAAGAAAACAAAAGUUAGAGGAAGAAAAGGAACCCUUGCAUAACCACAGUAAUAAUGAAUUGGAGAUUCCUAGCCUGGGUCCACAACUGGUAUUUGAAAUUCUUAUCCAAGCAAAACCAGAAAUCUCUCUUUUGGCUGCCCCAGAAGCAAAUGUGGAAAUGCCACCUAAAACCACUGUGGAAGGGUCCCCUGAAGUGGGUGUAGGAGUCUCCAGCAAGCCCAAUGUGGAAAUAUCUUUGAAGUUUGAUAUCGACAUGGAAGUAUCUCCCAAGUCGAAAGCGGGAGACUUGCCACAGAAAUUAGAAUCAGAAUACAAACAGGCUUCAAAUCCUGUUAUUAAGAAAUGCUCAUCAUCGAACAUCCUAUGUUAUAUAGAUGGCCAUCAUCUGCAAGUGGUGAUACCUGUUCAACCAAAUACAUUAAUAACAACAACCAAAAAGAAGAUAGCCAUUUGUAAAACCAUUAACAGCAAAUUUGAAGUGCCCAGCCACAAAAAUACAACCGUUGAAGAGACUAGUACUAAGAUCACCCCCAUACUCAUGAAUUCUGUGUCCUCAACAAGAAUUUUGACAGAAAAACAGAGUCUUGUCCAUGAACAGAAAGAAUGGCAGCACAAAGUCCUCCUUGUUAUAAGAACAGGAGGUCGAGUCCUCUCCGGUUUUGGAGAGCCACUUCAGCAAGAGAUUCAACUUGGUCAGACAUUUCAGAAAUUGAAUCUUCUAAUCGGCUCAAGUCAAGCUCUGGACAAGCUAUUAAGCCCUUGUCCUUGUGUUGCUAAGGCUGAGAUGCCUAAAGCUGAGGAUCCUGCAAUUCCUAAUCCGACUAAGAAGGGAAUUAGGAUGGGAACUCAGGGAGAGAUGUCUGCCCCAUUGCUGGGUAUUGACAAUACACUGUUAGGCUCUCACAGUUUAGGGGCUGAGGGUAAAGGAGACUCGCCAUCACUCUGGGUAACCUUGGUCACUUUGGAGAGGUUGGUAGGCCUCCGAGCUGCUCUCUUAAUACCUGCUAUCCCACCUAUGGGGAUAACACCAAGAUAUAUCCUGCAGGAUGACUUUUAUGAAGAGGCAAAACUUUAUGGAGAGAGAGUUAACAGGUACACUGUUCAUUUAAGUUCGGCCACAGACAAGUACAGGAACUUUACCAGGCUUCUCAAGCGGCGUCUCGGUGAGAAGGAUCCGGGAAGAGUCGUGGCCGCGUCUGGCCCUCUUUCCCUGGCCAAACAGGGAGACCAGUCUCACAGACAGAUUCUCCUCCCAGGCCCAGGUGCCUUAAAGCCAAUUAUGCGCGUCUUUCUGGCUGGUGCUCAGACAGGGAGUAGGGAAUCCGGGGCCCUGGAGCUUCUUCAGGGGGCGUCUCCCCUAGAUGUCUCUUCUCCCUGGAGCUGCCGCUGCCAGUCAAAGGCCAAGAAGGAAGGUGAAAGACCUAUGUUGCAAAAUUUGCAAAAAAGUAGGAGAGAGAAGAGAAUAGAAGAAAUUAUGAAAAGAAUGUGCAAGAGUGACCUAAACCUUUCCAAACUGGCCCAAACCUCUGGUCACGAGAUAUUCGAAGAGGAGGCAGAUGCUGAAGAGACAGACAACAAAUCAACAGAAGAAAUCACCUCUUCAGCAAGUUCCAUUGACAUCGGUAUGCCUCAAAAACCGAAAAAGAAAACAAAAACAUUCAAGAAAAUGCCUUUUAAACUUACAUAUUUAGAUGCAAGUGGGAGGCACACAACUAAAGAAACCACAGCUAAAGAAAACAAAUCAUUUAAUGGAGAUAUGAAAAUUUCAAAGAAAACUGUGAAAAACCCAUCAACUCAGGCUAAAAGACCAGCCACAAAGAAAAUGGUUGAAAACAGUUCUUUCACCCUAAACUUACAUGAAAUGGUCCACAUGGUGGGAACUUCAGAGAGCCUAGAAAACAAGCCUCAAGGAUGGACUUGUGACCCAAUUGUCAAUCUAGUUGGCCAUCUGAAAUCACCCCUUUUGAAUGCAGAUGACUAUCUUUAA